CUAAAAACGUAGUCUGCUACGGAGAAGUAAACAUCACUUUUAAAAGGAGCAGUUAUUUCACUGCAAAACUUGGACAAAUUUUUCGAUGAAAAAUCCUGUGAGGUGGCAAGCAAUCUUGCCUGAAAUCAAACAAAAAUUUCGAGAACAAUUUGUUUUUCCAGAAAAAAAAGCUACACAAUGGUUUCCAGGACACAUGAACCGAGGCAUGAAACAGAUGGAGGCAAAAUUGAAAUCUGUUGACUGUGUCCUAGAAGUUCAUGAUGCAAGAAUACCCUUUUCUGGAAGAAACCCAAAUCUUACCCGUAGCUUUGUGGCUGCAAAACCAUACAUCUUAGUAUUAAACAAAUCAGAUUUAAUCCCCUUGGAAUAUCAGCCAGCUAUUUUAUCCACCUUGAAGGCAAGAGAAAAUAUCCAGCAUGUAGUAUUCACAAAUUCGAAACAAGACACAUGUCCUGGACUCAGAGAAGUUACAAGAAAAGCCACACAACUUAUUACUGAGAGUGAAAGGUACAACAGACAUGAUGUUGUAGGAUAUAACCUGAUGGCUUUUGGAGUUCCUAAUGUUGGAAAAUCGUCAUUAAUCAAUGCCCUUCGAGGGGUUCACAUGAGAAAACGCGGGUCUUUACAAGUAGCUCCCGAAGCAGGUCUAACCAAGAAUGUUCAUGAACGAAUUCGAGUUUGUAAUAGCCCAGCUGUCUAUCUCUUUGAUACACCUGGCAUAAUGAAUCCGAAGAUUUCCUCUAUGGACAUUGGAAUGCGGCUUGCCUCGUGUGCUUCAUUUAAAGACCACCUUGUUGGUGAAGAGGUAGUUGUGGACUACUUAUUAUAUUGGCUGAACAAAAACGACGAGUUUGGCUACGUUUCUUCACUAGGAUUAGAAGCCCCUAACGAUAACACCAUGGAGGUUUUAUUCCACAUUGCUGUCCAAAGAAAUCUACGGAAAAAAAUUCGACAAGUUGAGGGCACCUAUAAGGAGUACCCAGACUUCAAGAGUGCAGCACAGAUAUUUUUGAUGCUUUUUCGGUCCACACAAUUCGGUAAAAUUUUGUUAGACAAAGAUUUGAUUGACAGGCCUUCCUUGCACUCGAAUGCUCUUACUGAUUUAUGUGCAUAGAAUACGGAGAAAUAAACUAGAACGUAAGAUAA